CCGUGGACCGACACGCCGUUUCAUGGGCUGUUAUAACCUGUCAUAUCGCCCGGACAGCCAUUUUUGUAGUCCGCGAAGCAUGUGAUGCUCGUAUCCGCAUCCUGGGUGUCUGUUCUGUAGGCAGCAGUGGUGCGGUCCCUCCUGCCUCUUCAGCACACAGGGCAGGCUCGCCACACGUGAUUCCUUAAUCAAAAAUCCAGUAUGGCGGAAUCUGACAGCGGACGUUGCUAUCGCUACUGCACUUCGCACGAGGACUGAAGCGAGCUGGGCUCUCCGUGCGGGAAAAACCCUCCGUCCCCCGCGAUAAGGUGAAUUCAACAGUUCAUCCCUGACAAGUGUUUUCUGGUCUCUGAACCUCAUAGCUCAACUGCUUCUGUAUCCAACAUUCAAAGGAAAAGACUGUUCUGCCAUCAUUACAAUGACCUCUCACAGUCACUCAGAUUCACAGAUGGAGCAGCCUGUUGAGCUCCUGAAGCCAUCAGCCUUUGACCACAUUCCCACAGUUGACCUGAGCUCUGCUCUGCCUCUGAGAGUUCCCCCAGCAGCCAUUCCAAUGGACCUGCGUGUGGAUCAGUCUCCUGGCGCUGGUUCGGGCUCUGGCGCGGGUCUGGUCUCAGACGCAGUGGACCCGGGAGUGCGAGAGCAGCAGCUGCAGCAGGAGCUCCUGGCACUGAAACAUAAGCAGCAGGUCCAGCGGCAGCUUCUCAUCGCAGAGUUUCAGCGGCAGCACGAGCAGCUCUCGCGCCAGCAUGAAGCCCAGCUGCAGGAGCACAUCAAGCAUCAACAGGAGCUGUUGGCUCUUCAGCAUCAACAGGAGCUGCUAGAGCACCAGAGGAAGAUGGAGAAGCACCGUGUGGAGCAGGAGCUGGAGAAACAGCAGCGAGAACAGAAACUCCAGCUCCUCAAGAACAAAGAGAGGGGACAGGAGAGUGCAGUGGCCAGUACAGAGGUAAAAAUGAGACUACAGGAGUUUGUGCUGAAUAAGAAGAAAGCACUCGCCCAGCGCAACCUGAACCACUGCAUAACCAACAACCCACGCUACUGGUAUGGGAAAACCCAGCACAGUUCUCUGGACCAGAGCUCUCCUCCUCAAACUGGCAUGUCUGCUUAUAACCACCCAACUGUGGGUGUCUAUGACUCCAAGGACUUCCCACUCCGCAAGACAGCAUCGGAACCGAACCUGAAGGUGCGCUCUCGUCUGAAGCAGAAGGUUACAGAGAGGCGGAGUAGUCCACUGCUGCGCAGGAGAGACAACCCCAAUAGCACUGCCAAGAAACGCUCUUUGGACAUGGCAGAUUCUGCAUGUAGCAGUGCCCCAGGAUCAGGCCCCAGCUCCCCCAACAACAGUUCACACAGCAACCUGUGUGAGAAUGGCAUCAGUGUGGCUGUCUCCAGCAGCUCAGCAGAGUCAUCUCUAGCAAACAGGCUAACUGGACGUGAUGGCUCAGUGAGCCAGUUAUCUCUGUACACAUCUCCUUCUCUACCCAACAUCACUCUGGGCCUGCCAGCCACAGCUACCAAUAAUGUGACAUCUACCCAGCAGGACAGCGAACGUAUGUCCGUGACCAAUUUACCCAUUACCACUCCGUUCUUGGCCACCUCCCACCUGCCCUCUUACUUGGGCACUUCUGAUUCACCCAAUUCACACAAUGCCCUGCUGCAGCACAUGGUUCUUUUGGAGCAAUCAGCCACACCGAGUCCCUUAGCCACAGGCAUAGGUGCCCUUCCUCUGCAGCCUCCUGCCCUGCACAAGCUGAGGCAGCACCGACCACUGGGCCGCACUCAGUCCGCCCCUCUCCCCCAGAGCAACCAGGCGCUCCAGCAGCUGGUGGUCCAGCAGCAGCACCAGCAAUUCCUGGAGAAACAUAAGCAGCAGUUCCAGCAGCUUCACAUCAACAAGAUACUGACAAAGCCUGGUGAGGUGGGAAGGCAGCAUCAGAGCCACCCUGAAGAGACAGAGGAGGAGCUUAGGGAGCAACAGGACUCUGCCCAGGGGGAGGGUCUGCCACUGAGUGUCAUUAUCAAGCAGGAACCCCCAGACCCCCAGGAGGAUGAACGACAGGAAGAGCAAGAGUUACUCUUCAGACAGCAGGCGCUCUUGCUGGAGCAGCAAAGGAUUCAUCAGCUGAGGAACUACCAGGCCUCCAUGGAGGCUGCUGGCCUGUCAGUCAGUUUCCCCGGGCACCGCCCGCUCUCCAGGGCCCAGUCAUCUCCUGCAUCAGCUUCCUUCAUCACUGCACAGGAGCCGCCCUCUAAACCCCGCUUCACUACAGGUCUUGUGUAUGACUCACUAAUGCAGAAGCAUCAAUGUAUGUGUGGAAACACCAACACACACCCAGAGCAUGCAGGUCGCAUACAGAGCAUCUGGUCCCGACUGCAAGAAACAGGCCUACGCGGGCAGUGUGAGUGUAUUAGAGGAAGGAAAGCUACUCUAGAGGAACUGCAGACAGUCCACUCAGAGGCUCAUGUCAUGCUGUAUGGUACCAACCCUCUGCGGCAGAAACUGGACAGCUCUGUGAUAUCCAUGUUUGUCAGACUGCCUUGUGGUGGAAUUGGGGUGGACAGUGACACUAUCUGGAACGAAGUGCACUCUUCCAGUGCAGCACGUCUAGCUGUUGGCUCAGUGGUUGAGCUUGUGUUCAAAGUGGCAUCAGGAGAACUGAAGAAUGGCUUUGCUGUGGUGCGGCCUCCUGGACACCAUGCUGAGGAGAGUACUCCAAUGGGCUUCUGUUACUUUAACUCAGUUGCCAUAGCAGCUAAGCUCUUACAGCAAAGGCUCAAUGUCAGCAAAAUACUGAUUGUUGACUGGGAUGUACACCAUGGCAAUGGCACUCAACAGGCUUUCUAUGAUGAUCCCAACGUUCUUUACAUCUCUCUCCAUCGCUAUGAUGAUGGUAACUUCUUUCCUGGAAGUGGAGCUCCUGAUGAGGUGGGAAGUGGUCUAGGUGUGGGCUUCAACGUGAACAUUGCCUUCACUGGGGGGCUGGAUCCACCAAUGGGGGAUGCUGAAUACUUGUCUGCUUUCAGGACGGUGGUGAUGCCUAUUGCAAAUGAGUUUGCUCCAGAUGUUGUGCUGGUAUCCGCAGGCUUUGAUGCUGUGGAGGGACACCCACCUCCACUGGGAGGCUACAAAGUCACAUCCAAAUGUUUGGGUUACCUCACAAAACAACUGAUGGGCCUGGCAGGAGGGCGUGUGGUACUGGCCCUGGAGGGAGGUCAUGACCUCAGAGCCAUAUGUGAUGCCUCAGAGGCCUGUGUGUCUGCUCUCCUGGGAAAAGAGUUGGACCAACUCUCCCCAGAUCUCCUAAAGCAGAGGCCCAAUGCAAACGCUGUGAGCUCAAUGGAAAAAGUUCUAGAAACACAGAGUAAGUACUGGAGGUCAGUUCAGCGAUACAUAUCCUCAGUGGGCUACUCUCUGCUGGAGGCUCAGCGGUGUGACUCAGAAGAGAAUGAGACUGUCAGCGCCAUGGCCUCUCUGUCUGUAGCAACCAUGGAGAAAAGGACUGAGGAUGAGCCCAUGGAAGAAGAGCCGCCACUGUAAUGGUGCUGCAAAUUGGAUUCAAGCCUGAUCCCUACACUACACUUGUGAGGUCUUCAGGAUCUCUCCGUGUUUCCUUUUGUCUCCCCUGGCUGAGGGCAGUGUUAGACAGCCCAGAGGGCAGUGAGAAGGGGGCAACAGGGCAGAAAGCCUAACUAGAAAUGUUAGCGCUGAUAGCCCACUAGCACUGUGGCCCCACGCAAUGCGUACAAGUUGCAGAGACUCGAGAUGUUUAUUGGAGGCGCCUAUGAUGGUGACCAUAACCAACCAACAGCCUGUUGCACGUGUUGUGGCCCAUUAUUUUCAGCCAGUAGUUUACCAAUCAGACCGAAAAGAAGAGAGGAUUAUGGACAGAGGGAUGGAAAUUGAGGUGUAAAAGAGAGGUGAAGGGUCCAGCUACCCUUCUGAGGCAAAACGACAGCCGUUUUACAUAUGACACUAGACUUUUUUUGCGCAGCUCUAGCUUGUUAACCUCCGUAGUAAAGCAUAGGGACUGCAGACGAGUGAAGCGUUUUCACCACAAGAUGGUGCUGUGUCUCAUUGCCACCUCUAAGGUUCAGAAGUGGUUUUAACCACACAAGCGUGUGUGCCUUUAUUGAGAGCUGGUGGAUUUUAGGAAGAAAUCUAAGGAGCUCUGCCUUAAAUCAUUUUUUUUUUCAAAGAGAAAAAGGACAUUAUCCAUCAUUUGGGUGGAUUCCAGUGGAUGGCGAACAAGCUUGCAAAUGGCAGAAAUCCUUUUCAGCAUGUUUACGUGGACAGUGGUGUGGACUAUUAAGUCUAACCAGUAAAAUGUCUAGAACUGACUUAACCUUUCCUUUUCCUCAGUGAUGUGCUGUACAAAUGCUUCAAACGGUAGUCGCCAGUAAAACUGUAGAACUUACCGUCAUGACAAGAAGUUUAUAAUAUUGAGCCCAGCUCAGCGAGUCACUCAGUGUAGCGUAAGAUGGCCAUCAUUUUCCAGAAACAAUUUAUUAACUGGCAUGUGCAUCACAAGAGAAAAGUCAGCUGCAAAAUUGAAACGCACUGAAGACUAAUUGAUAUGACAGUGAAGAAGAAAAAAAGGUCUAACCAAAGCAUGGGUUUGCAUCCUGUUUUGCAACACUAUUUUAAACUCAAUCUUGUGGACUUGUUCCUGUGCUGUCACAGAAGACUCAUUUGGUCACCAAAGGAAACUCACAGCUGACAUUACACUUUUAAACAGAGUUUCAGAAGCAAAGGUCCAGAAACUGCCAUACAACAUAUCAGUUCCAUCUCCUUAAUAUUAGUAUUGGAAUUAAUCAACAGCAGAAAAAACAAAAGGACAAUCAAAAAAGUCAAAAAGUGCUUGUUUGUUCUGAAGACCCCUAAGCAUGAGAAUGAAACAGUAAUAACAGGUUUAUUACAGCAUGCAUGAUUACGUAUCUUGUUUUAAGUCUAGAGUUUGCACUUGAGUUUGACUUCCUUUGAGCCGGCGACGACUUUCCACGAGGGCUUGCUCCCGAAAGACUGAACAGGUUGGCUCACUACCAUAAAUACGAACUCAUCAUACCUUGUACAUUUGAACUUCUUAGUUACAUUAGAGUCAUAUCGAUAUUGUUAACAUUACAACCUUCGUAUGUUUUGUACAUUUAUUUGCAAUUACUCCUGUUUUGUACAAUUUUUCUUCAUUCCAGUUCCACAUUUUCCCAUUUGUACUUUACAUUGUUUUUAAUAUAUAUAUUUUUAACUUAUUCUUUGUGUAGAUGGAUUCUAUUUUAUUUUGCUGUUACUUGUACAGUAUACAUUUGGUACCAUGUACUUUAAUAUCAUGUGAUGAACACCUGGUUUAUGAUCUGCUCAUGGCCAUUUCUAUUUUGUACAUUUUCUCACAAGGACUGACUGUGUACUUCAUGUUCUGUUCAUAGAAAAUUUCUAUAUGAAAGAAAAUAUAUCAUGAAUAUGAAGCAAACUGACUUUUCUCAUUAUGAACGUUCAUGUAGGACUUCUUUAUGAAGCAUUAUUGAGUAUAUUUGAUAUCAGCUGAUUACUAUGUUUGUAUCAUAGUUGAAUGGCAUUUGGGUGUACUCCCCGGUGUAAUCACGGCUAAACUGUGAACAGUGCAACUCACUUUAUUUGAACCUACUGUCAUUUGUGUGAAAGUUCACACGCAAACAAACGCUACAGUACUCGCUUUGCUAAUUCUGACCCCUGUUAGUCUCCACUCCAGGGAACGGUUCUUUCAGCCAUGUAGUUGGUGAAAAGAACAUGGUAAAACAAACUCAUAAUUAAAUGCUGAUUCUGAUCUGUGAGCUAAAACUUGUAUGUAUGGACGCAACGUUUAUGUAACAGGCAUUCUCAAGGGAGCAUAGUAGGUCGAAACGAAUCAGAAAAUAUUUCAUGUUGACUUUUUACGUAUCGCAUGAAUUUAAUCUACUGGAUAACAGGAAACAAGUGAUCAGUAAUGCAUGUUGUCCAUGUCAAAGUUUGUUUACGUGCACAAAUAAAAGGCACUAAUAGUGGUUUUGGAAUCACAA